GUGGGUUUUACUUAUCUUCUGUAUUGAUGCCUGUCUGAGUGACAAUUUACAGGAAAUGAAAUUGCUUGUGUUUGAAGAAAAUCAUAAACUCGAUGCAAGGUUAAUUGGAAAAGCAAGGACUAUGGAUGCACGGAAAGAAAAGAUUGGGUUUCCAACUUUUAUUUACAUCUAUGCAUUGGAACAGUCUCUUUGCCAGAGACAGAUAACAGCCAAGGAAGAAAAGGAAAAGGAGGAAAUAAUGGAGGAGGUAACUGCCAAGUCUCUCCAAGUGGUUUGUUGAGCUAAAAUUAAAACAAAACAGAGGUCAUCUGUUCUGUUCCUUUUUAUAAAGAUAAAGAACGAAAACGAUUGCCAUUUAUUUUGAUAAAUUUGUUUUUUUCUACCCGAUACAGUCGGUCUCAAUCUUUGAUGUGAUAAAAGUAAAGAGAUCGAGUUGGAUUAAGUAAUCAAAUAAUGAAUAUGAAAUUCAUUUUAUCAAACACCAUAACUUCUUAGUUUAGUUAAAAAAACAUAUUACUUGAUAAGACAAUUCUCCCUGUAUUCAUUAUCAAAGUUGGGAUUUUAUUUUCUUUUUUUAGAUGGGGCUAUUAAUUAAAGUUGAGAAUUUAAUUAGAAAAAUAAUAGCUGAAUUGGAGAGACAAUUAAAACGUUAACCUUUCUGUGAAUGGUCUGGGGUCUAGCUAAGUUGGGGCCAAUUUGUGGGGCUGUGCCGUGGAUCGGGUUUGGUUUUGGACUGACGAGCCCAGAUAUAAGGCCCCAGCAAAUAUUGCUGCUGUCUCGCUUCUUCUCCUCGAGCUGUGGGGUGGACAAUGGCCAGGCCAAGAAGAACAAUAUUGCAGUUUCAAGUUACCGAUGCUUUUGGACUCGUUUGAUUAAUCAAAUGUUGGGCUUUGAUUGUUUCAACUCAUAGAUAGGUCCCAGCUUUUGAACGUUAGCCAACUCUAAAUCGUCAUAUUGUGACGCAUACAUAUAACAAUGUAUUGUAUGUAACGGCUCUUCAAAUUCUAAACCAUCUCAAGCACGCCACGUGUAAACACGCCCCCUGUCUCUCUCUCCAACUUUCCUGAAUCCUAACGAACUGUCUUUUGUUCAUUUGUAAUAAUAUACGGAUGUGGGAAGACAUUAGCCGGCCGUGAAUAUUGAUUGAACUCAAUAUUUGAAGAGGAAUGGGUCAUAAUAAAUAAUAUUUUACAAAUUGGCAUAUCGAUUUAUAUUAAUUGGGAUCAUUAAGCUGCUGCUUAGGACGGCAAAAGAAAGCAGCAGCACAAUAUAUAUAUAUAUAUAUAUAUAUAUAGGAAGGAAGCAACGGAAUUAGUGGGUGUCCCCUAAUGGCCCAUCGUUUUCUCCGCUUUUUGCUCUAACAAAUAUAUUAACACCCCCCUCCCCUCUCACAGCCUGCCAUUAAUUCCCUCUCAACCUCGAGUUUCUCUUUGGCGAUCGAUCGAUGGAUCAUCCACCUAGCUAGCUAGCUUGCAAUCAAUACGACAUAUAGCAUAUGGACCCAGCUGAGCUUCGUCGAGUUUUCCAAAUGUUUGAUCGAAACGGGGACGGCAAGAUCACGAAGAAGGAGCUGAGCGACUCGUUAGGCAACCUGGGGAUAUACAUUCCCGACAACGAGCUCAUCCAAAUGAUCGAGAAGAUCGACGUGAACGGGGAUGGGUUCGUGGAUAUAGAGGAGUUUGGAGAAUUGUACGGGACGAUCAUGGGGGAGAAAGACGAGGAGGAGGACAUGAGGGAAGCGUUCAACGUGUUCGAUCAGAAUGGAGAUGGGUUCAUCACGGUGGAGGAGUUGAAGUCGGUGUUGCAGUCGCUAGGGUUGAAGCAGGGAAGAACCCUAGAAGACUGCAAGAGGAUGAUAAUGAAGGUGGAUGUAGAUGGAGAUGGCAUGGUUAAUUACAAGGAGUUCAAGCAGAUGAUGAAGGGUGGAGGCUUUGCAGCCUUGAGUUCAAGCUGAUAGAAGAAGAAGAAGAAGAUGAUGAUGAUGAUGACAAGGAAAAGAAGGAAAGAGAGAUGUAAAAAGGAAGAAUAAUGUUGUAAAGCUUUUGAAAUAUACAAAUAGAAGGGGAUUGCAUAAACUUAAAAAAGAUAGUGACUAGGGGCUCUGGUCUGAAAGGAACGAAGACCUCUUGUAUUAUGCAUGUUUUGGAAGACUAUAACCCCACCCACCCACAUUAAUUGCUAAUUAGAUUUCAUGUUUGUCAAACUUCAUUUUAUGUGUUUUGGUAUAGAAAAUUAAGUCCUAGUUUUUGUAACUUGGUCAUCUCUCUCGCCCUCUUGUAUGUGUUUUCCCUUCUUGAUGCUGAUAAAUAUUGUUUCUU